GCGUGCGUCCUAGCACUUCCCAGCAUUCCCGGAGAGGGUGGGUUGUGUGACGUCAGGUCGUUUAAUCCGGAAACGGCGGCCGCAGCAGGGGCUACCGAGCGGAGGGGUUGUCGUUGGAGUCUCAAGGCUUCGGAGGGGUAGGGGCGUGACCCGGAAGCGGAAGCCCAUCGUUCUCUCGGCUCCGGUGAGUGGUCUCUGCUGAGCCGCAGGUCCCGUUUGGUAGGCAGCGUAGGAGGGGGCAUUAGGCUGGGGCAUCGGAUGCCGCGCGGUCCGCCUGUCCCUGCCCACAUCGAGGUCUUCACCUCUGCCUGCCCUCGCAAGUUCUGACGGUUGUCCCAGACGUGCUGGUGGAGUCUUACCACCAUGGACCUGUUGUUUGGGCGCCGGAAGACGCCAGAGGAACUACUUCGGCAAAACCAGAGGGCCCUGAACCGAGCCAUGAGAGAGCUGGACAGGGAACGACAGAAAUUAGAAACCCAGGAAAAGAAAAUCAUUGCAGACAUCAAAAAGAUGGCAAAGCAAGGCCAGAUGGAUGCUGUUCGAAUCAUGGCAAAAGACCUAGUGCGUACCCGGAGAUAUGUGCGCAAGUUUGUGUUGAUGCGGGCCAACAUCCAGGCUGUGUCCCUCAAGAUACAGACUCUAAAAUCCAACAACUCAAUGGCACAAGCCAUGAAGGGUGUUACUAAGGCCAUGGGCACCAUGAACAGACAGCUGAAAUUACCCCAGAUCCAGAAGAUCAUGAUGGAGUUUGAACGCCAGGCAGAGAUCAUGGACAUGAAAGAAGAAAUGAUGAAUGACGCAAUUGAUGAUGCCAUGGGUGAUGAGGAAGAUGAAGAGGAGAGUGAUGCUGUUGUGUCCCAGGUCCUGGAUGAGCUGGGACUGAGCCUCACAGAUGAGCUGUCAAACCUUCCCUCCACUGGAGGCUCACUCAGUGUGGCCGCUGGUGGAAAGAAAGCAGAGGCCCCAGCCUCAGCCCUGGCUGAUGCUGAUGCAGACCUGGAAGAGAGGCUCAAGAACCUUCGCAGGGACUGAAAACACCCCACCUGGACUCCAUGCAUCCUGUCACCCUGUAAUAAAGAAAUCUGGACACUAAUUUACCAAGGCUGU